AUGUUCAAACUAACUUGUCGUUCUCAAAACUAUGCUUGGGGAAAACUAGCUGCAGAUAGUGAGGUGGCGAAAAUCACCAGAAAUGGUAAUCAUUCUGAUGUGGAUGAUAGCAAACCUUAUGCCGAGCUUUGGAUGGGAGUUCAUCCGAACGGCCCAUCUAUGGUGCAAGGAACGGAUUCAUUACUCUCCGAUCUGAUUGCGAAAAAUAGUGAAAUGGUAGGAGAGCAUGAACAAGGUACCUUACAAUUCCUCUUCAAAGUUCUAUCUGUUCGCACAGCUUUGUCUGUACAAACGCAUCCAACAAAAGAACAAGCCGCAAAACUGCACGCUUCUGAUCCUAAGAACUAUCCAGAUGCAAAUCACAAACCUGAAAUGGCGAUCGCUCUUACUGAGUUCCAACUUCUCUGUGGUUUCAGACCAGCAAAUGAAAUUGAGGAAAAUUUGAAAGAUACCCCUGAAAUUUUGUCUCUUCUGGGUGAAAAGUCAUCUUUGCUAGAAUCAUUCUCCUUGAAUCCACAGCAUGAACAAGAAUCUGCUCUGAAGGAAAUUUUCACGAAAAUUUGGUCAUCCGACCCUUCCGAAAUUUCGGAAGCCGUUGCCAAACUGGUUGAACGAGUGAAAGCUAAAGAAAACAAAACUUCUAUCGAUAACUUGAUUAUCCGUUUGGAUGAAGAAUUUCCUGGAGGCGAUGUCGGUGUUUUUACUCCAUAUCUGUUGAAUUACUUCACCUUAGCCCCAGGUCAAGCCACUUUUCUUGGACCGAAUAGACCACACGCUUAUCUUCUGGGAGACUGCAUCGAAUGUAUGGCUUGUUCUGAUAAUACCAUAAGAGCCGGCCUAACUCCCAAGUUCAAAGAUAUAAAAACUCUCUGUGAAAACACAGAAUAUAAGAUGGGUCCCCCACCCUACUUUUUCGAUUGCACUUUCCCUUCAGAAGGAGGGCGCCUGUACAACCCUCCUGUGCCGGAGUUUGCAGUAGAAGAAUUAUCAAGCUCUAGAAAAAUGUUCUGUCCAGAUGGUUCCAGCUCCAUAACCAUUAUCGUGAAUGGAAGUGGUAGAUUCAAAAGUGAUGGACAUGAAAUCGCUAUCCAAGAGGGAGAUGUGGUUUUCAUUUCUGCCAAACUUAGCCAAGUUGAAAUAACAGAUUCUUCGCCAGAUUUUCUUGCUUUCCGAGCUUUUACUCCUCUUUAA